GGUUGUGCCACACGACCUUUGUUUUCGUUGCCCUCGCGACUUCAUUUUGACCUUUGAAUCUCUCUUUCUCUCUCUCUCUUUGUCGUUGGCCGUCCUUUCCACAAAGGCAUCGGUUUGCGCUGGGAGUAGCUUGCCGGGGCGGUCAAAAGCUCGGCCUGAAUGAAAUGGAGCAGCCUGCAGCGUGACAUGACUUGUACCGCCUACAAAUCUCGACUGAUCUAAAAGGCCAAGCCUAGCCAGAGCGAUCCAUCAUGGGCGGCAUCCCGGUGGCCGUGGCUAUCAUCGUGGGACUCGUAUCGUCAUUUGUGCAGAGUCUAGGGCUCACGAUUCAACGUAAAUCUCACGUCCAAGAAGAUGAUCGCCCUCUCGAAUUCCGACGUCGACCUAUCCGCCGACCUAUGUGGUUACUCGGUUUCACAAUCUACAUCACAUCCAAUGUCUUUUCAACCGUAUUCCAACUUGAUGCCCUUCCCAUUGUUAUUCUCGCUCCUCUAGGAGCCGUCUCUCUCAUAUUCAACGCCCUUCUUGCCAAAAUCCUACUAGGGGACCAUUUUGGACCUAGCAGUGUCAUUGGAACGGGCUUAGUGACCGUCGGUGCGGUUCUGAUUGCUGUCUUUGGAGUCGUUCAGGAGAAAGAACAUUCUCUAGAUGACUUAUUGGAGCUAUGGAAACGACCUGCUUUCCUGGCAUUCUUCUCCAUCUUGACAUUCGCAGUUGUCACCCUCCUGAUUGCUGCUCAUAUGGCAGUAUGGCACGUUCAGCGUCAGCUGAGGCCGGGAAAAAUAUCUAUCUCAGGUCGCGAUACACCUCCUGACUCAUCUCCACCUAGCAAUUACGCUUCACCACACGACCCACCCCCAAUCCCUUUCAGGCAAAACAUGGGAAAUCGUCGAUGGUCUUCACCUGCCUCGCCCCAAACUCACCCUUCUCACUUUCGCCCCUUGAUCGCCGACUCGACAGCAGAUGUCAAAAAUCCCACGUUGCGACACGUUCACUUCGCUCCAUCAUUGCGAUCCCUAUCUAAAGGCUCAACAUCCCUGAAUAUCGAGAUCGCUCCUUCCACUCCGAAUGGCCUGGCUCACUCUACGUCGUCUCAGGACAGAACCCUGACACUUGCGGGUCUAGCCUUUGCUGCUGCGUCAGGUACUCUCUCUGGCAUGUCGUUGGUCUUGGCUAAAGCUGCCGUCGAAUUACUCGUCAUCACCAUCGAUCAUUUCAGGACAGGUCGAGGAGAGAAUCAAUUCAUCAGAGUGCAGAGCUGGUUGCUAGUAUCUGGACUCGCUGUAGGAGCCAUCCUUCAGCUUGCAUACCUCAAUUAUAGUCUCACGUUUGCAAGUCCAGCCUUGAUUUGCCCGCUGGCAUUCUGCUUUUUCAACCUGUCCUCUAUCUUUGAUGGACUCGUAUUCUAUGACCAAUUCGGCAGCCUCAGGCCCUACCAAAUUGCGCUAGUGUCCAUUGGUGUAGCCAUUCUCCUCGUCGGCGUCUGGGUCGUUUCCCUGAUUCGUCCGGCCGGCCAAGGCGGGAUCGAAGUAGGCACAUGGGUCGAGGAUGACGAGUCGGUGUGCGAUGGCGCAGAUCCGACAGAUGGUUUCAGCGUCUUUGGUGAAGACAUAAAUGACGAUCCCGAGGAGAUCGUGUCGCCGAUGAGUGACCAACCAAUUGAUCACACCACACCCCCUCGACUAUCGCAGACAACAUCUUCACAGCCUCCGUCGCCUACUUCACCUACGUCCCUCUUAUCACCCUUAUCGCCAGGGGCAAGGAGACGUCAUCCGCCACGCUACGGCACGCUCAUUUCUGAAUACGCACCCUUAGGCGCUCCGACAGGAUUCAGUAUUGGACUAGGAGCCGCCAGUCCAGGAUUCGUGCUACGCUCGUCAUCCCUUAACAGUGGGACGAAUCGCAGGACAAGAGGCAGGACUCAGAGUGAGAGUGAGGCGGGUAUUCAAGCCAUCAUAAGCGAUGAAGUUGCUCGCUUAAGACAAGCACGAGAAGCCCAAAGCGAUUUAAGUCGUCGCUUGAGCGAGACGGCCAACACAACGUUGCUCAAUGACGAAGCGGACGAUUUGACUGGUUCAGGACAUGGCCGUAGGAGAAGUUGGUGGCGGGAAGUAUGGGCGAGAAAACAGCGAGGUCCUAUACAAUUACCACCAGAUGAGGGAUAGAGAGGGGCCCGAUUCUCAGAUCAUC